UUGCCAGUGUGUACGGACUUUCUCGACAAUGAGAAGCAUUUGGAAAAACGCUUAAUUGUCUGUACACUACGUAUUUUAAAAAGAACAAGCGAUUGGAGACCGUUGUUUGAUCGAGAGUCGGACGAGAUACAAUCGUUGCAAGCACCUACCGUAUCUUAUCCUGAGGUUUCCGAAGAUGCACUCGUUGAGCUGCGAUCAUCUAUAGAACGCGAGAUUAAAUUACGUUUUGAUGAGGCUAGGAAGUUCGGCAUACCACAAUGGAAUCUGAUGGCAUCAAGACUACUUCGUGAAAUCUUACAAGAGGAAAAUGGCUCUGUAGACGCAAAACUUGCACGGCUACGAGAAUCGUACACAGUUACCAUAACUGCAGUCUCGAUGCCCUAUAGAAAUGUACAGGACUGUGUUGCUGCAGUGUUACGAUGUGACCUACAUACUACGACAUCGUCCUCGUCACAGUUUGCUCUAGCUGUUCAUCUUCAACCCGCAUUUGGUCAUGUAAUUGGCUGCAACGUAGCUAUUGCUUUGCUCACACUUCGCAUGUAAUC